AGAAGAUUCUAUUACUCACCCACAAGAUGAUGGAGCUGCUGACUGGAGAGGUUCCUAUAAGGUGUCAGGACGUCACUGUCCAUUUCUCCAUGGAGGAGUGGGAGUAUCUAGAAGGACACCAGGAUCUGUACAUGGAGGCCAUGAUGGAGGAGCACCAGCCUCUUAUAUCACAAGAAAAUCCCAGUGAAAAUGUCAUGUUACCACUAGAUGAAAAUAUCAUGCAGCGCUCUUCAGGACAAAACCUCAUUACCCUUAAUGUACAUCCAGGACUUCACAGCACAGCUCUAUCAUAUAAUCCUCCUAAUUAUGAGGAACCUUCUCCUGACCAAUUGCAGAUUGUUACCGCAAAUACAAGUCAGAAAAGGAUUAAAAGGUUUCAUUGUGGUAAAGAAUCCACAAACAGCUCAGGACUUUCUACACACAAACGUCAUAAAGGAGAGAAAAUGUAUUCUUGUUCAGAAUGUGGGAAAUGUUUUAGACAGAAAUCAAAUCUUGUUACACAUAAGAGAAGUCAUAGAGGAGAGAAAGCAUAUUCAUGUUCAAAAUGUGGGAAAUGUUUUAUACAGAAAUCUAAUCUUGUGAAACAUGAAAGACGUCAUACAGGAAAGAAGCCGUAUUCAUGUUCAGAAUGUGGGAAACGUUUUAGACAGAAAUCAAAUCUUGUUACACAUAAGAGAAGUCAUAGAGGAGAGAAAGCAUAUUCAUGUUCAAAAUGUGGGAAAUGUUUUAUACAGAAAUCUAAUCUUGUGAAACAUGAAAGACGUCAUACAGGAAAGAAGCCGUAUUCAUGUUCAGAAUGUGGGAAAUGUUUCAAACGGAAAUCAAAUCUUGCUACACAUGAGAGAAUUCACACUGGGGAAAAGCAGUAUUCAUGUUCAGAAUGUGGGAAAUGUGUUACAGAGAAAUCAAAUCUUGUUACACUUAAGAGAAGUAACACAGGAGAGAAGAUGCAUUCAUGUCUGGAAUGUGGGAAAUGUUUUAGACACAAAUCACAUCUUGUUACACAUCAGAGAAUUCACACUGGGGAAAAGCCGUAUUCAUGUUCAGAAUGUGGGAAAGGUUUUUCAGAUAAAUCACAUCUUGUUAAACAUCUGAGAAAUCACGUAGGAGAGGAGCCAUAUUCAUGUUCAGAAUGUGGGAAAUGUUUUAGACAAAAAUCUGAUCUUGUUCGACAUCAGAGAUGUCACACAGGAGAGAAACCAUAUUCAUGUUCAGAAUGUGGGAAAUGUUUUACAAAGAAAUUAAAUCUUGUUAAACAUGAGAGAAGUCACAUAGGAGAGAAGCCGUAUUCAUGUUCAGAAUGUGGGAAACGUUUCAAAAGGAAAUCAAAUCUUGUGAAACAUGAAAGACGUCAUACAGGAAAGAAGCCGUAUUCAUGUUCAGAAUGUGGGAAAUGUUUCAAAAGGAAAUCAAAUCUUGCUACACAUGAGAGAAUUCACACUGGGGAAAAGCAGUAUUCAUGUUCAGAAUGUGGGAAAUGUUUUACAGAGAAAUCAAAUCUUGUUACACUUAAGAGAAGUAACACAGGAAAGAAGAUGCAUUCAUGUCCGGAAUGUGGGAAAUGUUUUAGACACAAAUCACAUCUUGUUACACAUCAGAGAAUUCAUACUGGGGAAAAGCCGUAUUCAUGUUCAGAAUGUGGGAAACGUUUUUCAGAUGAAUCACAUCUUGUUAAACAUCAGAAAAAUCACACAGGAGAGAAGCCAUAUUCAUGUUCAGAAUGUGGGAAAUGUUUUACAAAGAAAUUAAAUCUUGUUAAACAUGAGAGAAGUCACAUAGGAGAGAAGCCGUAUUCAUGUUCAGAAUGUGGGAAACGUUUUAGACAGAAAUCAAAUCUUGUUACACAUAAGAGAAGUCAUAGAGGAGAGAAAGCCUAUUCAUGUUCAAAAUGUGGGAAAUGUUUUACACAGAAAUCUAAUCUUGUUAAACAUGAAAGACGUCAUACAGGAGAGAAGCCGUAUUCAUGUUCAGAAUGUGGGAAAUGUUUCAAACGGAAAUCAAAUCCUGCUGCACAUGAGAGAAUUCACACUGGGGAAAAGCCGUAUUCAUGUUCAGAAUGUGGGAAAUGUUUUUCAGAUAAAUCACAUCUUGUUAAACAUCUGAGAAAUCACAUAGGAGAGAAGCCAUAUUCAUGUUCAGAAUGUGGGAAAUGUUUUAGACAAAAAUCAGAUCUUGUUCAACAUCAGAGAUGUCACACAGGAGAGAAAACAUAUUCAUGUUCAGAAUGUGGGAAAUGUUUUACAAAAAAAUUAAAUCUUGUUAAACAUGAGAGAAGUCACAUAGGAGAGAAGCCGUAUUCAUGUUCAGAAUGUUGGAAACGUUUUAGACAGAAAUCAAAUCUUGUUAUACAUAAGAGAAAUCAUAGAGGAGAGAAAGCAUAUUCAUGUUCAAAAUGUGGGAAAUGUUUUACACAGAAAUCUAAUCUUGUUAAACAUGAAAGAUGUCAUACAGGAGAGAAGCCGUAUUCAUGUUCAGAAUGUGGGAAAUGUUUCAAACGGAAAUCAAAUCCUGCUGCACAUGAGAGAAUUCACACUGGGGAAAAGCAGUAUUCAUGUUCAGAAUGUGGGAAAUGUUUUACAGAGAAAUCAAAUCUUGUUACACAUAAGAGAAGUCAC